GUUUUAGGUCUAUGGAUACGAUACGUUGUGUGUUCUGUGGUGUGCACAAUCUGGCGACAAAAACUAUUCGGCAAGAUUAAUUAGGAAUAACGAUGCACGAUUACGAAUUACAUUUAAAGAAAAAUUGGGACAGCAACUGUUGAAAAUGAAACGUCAUGGCAAGAAGAAAACGUCUCCGGAACAACUCACCAUUUUGGUGAACUUUAUAUCGAAAAAUAAGGUAUUGGUACCUGGUAAAACCAAACCGUUGGAAGAUGAGAAGAAGAUCUUUGACAAUUUGUGGGAAGAUUUAACUAAACAGUUAAAUUCCAUUGGCCAAGGACCUUCAAAAACCUCAUCUCAAUGGAGAAAGACAUUUAUUGACUGGAAAUGUCAUACAAAAAAAAAAGCUAGGGAUCUUCAAAAAGACAAACAAAAAACAGAAGGGGGAAGUUUCAUUACCAAAGGGUUGACUCCAACUGAAGAAAAAUUGAUUUCUUUUUUAACUUGUAUCUCUGAGGAAGGAGCAGACGUUGAUGAAGUAGGAUUAGGAAAUGAAACUGUUGAUGUUGAAUUUCAGACUGCACAUGUAUUCGCAGAAAUGCCCAUUAAUCAACAGUCUUCAAAAAGGCCCCAUAGUCCUCCUGUUGUUGAGAGAAAAAGGUUAUGUACUGAUAGUGAAACGCCAAGGACUGAGGAAAAAACAGGUAAAGCAAGUAAUUUGCAGAAAGCAGAUGAUGCUUUUCAAGCUGUCAAUAAAAACAAGGACAAAAGAAUAGAAAAAAUAUGGCAGACCAAUUUUUUGGAUGCUAUGAUAGAAUUAGAAUUGAAAGAAGUCGAAUUGAAAAGGCGUCUCCUAGAAGCUAGGAAUAAAACAAAAGAGUUGGAACUUCUAGAAAGGAAAUUGAAGCUAGAAGAGGCCAAGUUUACGUCUGAACAAAAAACUUGAAUGAAAUAUCAUUACAGAAAGAGUUAAAAGAAAUACAAUAUCUAUGGUUAGAACUAUUUAGAGGGGGACUACUGAGAUUUCAAAAACUGUUAGAAAUACAAGGUGGCUUGAAUUACAAAAAAAGUUGGUUUGAGAGAUAAGUGUGUUGGUGUAAACAGAUCCAAAAUAUCUCCAAUGGUUCCGGAGAUAUCUCCAAAAAACUAAAAAUCGAGUUUUAUUUUUUUCUUUAUAAUUAAUCUGCUUCUGGAGAUAACUUCAAAAAAUCCGGUUUGGAACCAUUAUCAAAUAUAUUUCGUGAAGUUAUCUCCAGAAACAAAUGAGUUACUCAUAAAUAAAAACAAGAUAUCUCGGGAACCAUUGAAGAUAUAUUGGAUCUUCUUACACCAACCCACUCAUCCCUAAAUAACGCAACUUUUUUGUAAUUUAAGUUUAAGCCACCCUGUACUUCUAAUGGUUUUCGAUAUCCUUGUAGUGCCCUUCUGAAUAGUUCUAACCCUAAUUCAAUUAAAAAACAAAUUCUUCAUUCUUAUAGUAAGCUGAUCUAAUAAUAAUAAUGUUUAUUCAACAUAAAUAAAUAUGGUGAGUUACAGAGGUUUUCAAUUCUAGAAUUAACUAUCUGUGCGUAACUGCUCCAAUACUUAAUAAGGAUUUUGGUGUUUAUUCACUCCGUGUCAUGUGAAUUAAUUUUACUCUUAUUGAAUAUUCUUUGUGAAUAAAUAAAUAGAAAGUUAUUAUAUUAGUAACAUCUUUUCAGUAGAAACUGUUUUUUUAUAUUUGGCAAUUAUUUAUUCAUGAUUUAAAUAAAACUAUUUUAUUUACA